UUUAAAUUUUUCGCAGUGAUAAAAAGAGUUUGUUGACGUAUUCAGCUUGGCAUCUCUCAGACAAAAAGCAGAACUUCGGUACAAAUUUAUAGGGAGAUUUUAUAACAAAGGGAAUAUGUAGUGCCACUGAUCUAUGUGUUAAUAAUGUAAUAUCUUUCUCUAGUCUGUUUGACUAUUGACAUCAGGGUAUCAGUACAUAUAUUUGUGGGUGAUGUAAGAAUAUUAACCAAAGCGCUUUCAGACUAUAUCUCGGGAGUUUACACACCACUGUUAAGUGCAUGGCAGAGGGUACUUCUCAUUGUACGAUAUACUGGCAGUUGUUCCCGUUCUAUUCGCGUUUGGAAUGCAGAAAUAAUGCCUCUGUGCAUGCUGUAAUUGGUCUAAGUCUUUUUUUCGUGGUCCUUGUAGGGGUGAAACAUGAAGGAUUGUAGUAUAUUCCUAGGUUCCUCACUUAAUGGUAAGUCUUAAGAGUUUGUGAAUAAUCUUCUCCGGAUAAUUUGUAUCCGUCUUCAAGCAUAUGGCAGUUUAGGAGUUUCAUUAUUUCUGAGAAGUUCAUCCUUGACUCAAACAAAACUGUGACCACUCAUGCUACCCUUUAAUGUGUACAAGAUACGUAGUGGACCCCUCCACCCCCCCAGCAUUUUUCAGUAUGCUGUGGAUGUCUUCGUUACAGUCAAUUUGUUACCACAACCAGAUUUUCUGCUUUAAAAUUCGUUGGCCCUGCCAAUUCGUAAAUAUAUUGUCACCUUCCAACCUAACCUAGACCUCGGGCUGUGCUACAGAUCAGUCUGUCACCACAGCCAAGAUGUGGAAGGGAAGGGGUGGGUGUGUAACUUGACCCACUUGUGUCACCAGAACCAGUAUUUCAUGGGGUAGGAGAGUUCGAUACAUAACUUUAACCACAGUCAGAGUCUCUUAUAAGUGGGACCGAAGACCAUCCCAGUCUGGUCCAUUUCACCCCCACAAACCAACCAAUCUUGUAUAAGUUCUGUUUGGUAUGUGUCCCACACACUUACACAAUAUUAUAAGAUGGGACACAAGAGUAUUUUGUGAGAAGACAGUGAAGGAGCACUUUCCCCAGUAUCCUACCAAUGCCAGCAGCUACACCUGCAUCUCAGCAUCUGUAAUCAUUCUAUUUGAUGUUCCUACAAAUUGUUAUAUUCAUGUAAUUGUAUGGUUCAAACAACUAUGUGAUACUGAAGUCAUAGGAUAUCUUUUUUCAUUUUGUGAUGUGUACAAGUUUAAAUUUUGAACAUUUAAACCAAGCUGCCAAUCUUUGCCCCACUUUGAAAUGUUAUCAGAUCUGUUCAUUUUUUCAGCUUUUGAGAACGAUUUUUUUUUCUUUUCUUUUUCCUUCCAAGGGGUGUAAGAUAUAUUAUGGUAGCUAAUUCUCUCACUAUUCUGCAUAGAAUCUGGCAGUGUUUCCAUUCGGCCUUGGAGUUUUCUUUAGCUAAUUUUAGUGAUUUAAACUGUUUCUCAAUGCCAUAUGAUGGCCACUUAAGCAAGCAUUUCUCGUGCAUCUUGCUUUUAGAUGUCGAUUGUGGCAAUGCAACUACACAUAAUUUGAAGCCCUUAUAACUUCUCCUAGUGUCAAGAAACUGUAAUGUAGCUAACAGCCUCUCCCUGCAGCUUACAGCUUCUCUCAAGACUGUAUCCUGUUUUUCUUUUUCCUUUUCCUUUUUUUUCAAAUAAGGAGUGAUGAUGUUCCAUAUCUUGGAAAAGUAUGUUUCACCCAUUAUUAGAAAAAUCCAAAAAUCAUAAAAUGCUACUUAAGGAGCAGAAAGUGGGUGAAUUUUUUGUCUUUGCAUCAACCACUUCUCAAUGCCUUUUUUUUAAUUUUUAUGUGCUGCCACUUUGUUAACUCUAAAACAGCCAAGGCAAAACUCAGUUUUUGUGUCUGUGAAAUACUAAGUGGCAUCUCGAAGUGGAGCCCGAGUGAAUGUAAGAUAAACAAUUUGCGAGCAGCAGUACAAAUGGGCUGCCACUGUAAUAGCUGAAUGCUGUUCAUCAGGCAGUGUGGAGGCUGCCAUGAAAUUGGUUGAUCAGCUAAUAAAUCAGUGCAUGUGUAGGGCCCUUUAUUAUUGCACUAAAUAAUAGAGAUUGUCUCAACAGAGAACCUCCCAUCUUCUCAUGAUUGCUGGCUGAUCGUUUGUGGAUUGCAAAGAUCCACAUAAAGUGGAAAAGAUGGUACCAUGUUGUCACAAUACCCAUUAGCUCAACAUUAAACAUAUAAUGAGAUACAUUUGUGUAAAUAUAUUGAAGCAUAAUUAUCAUACAUACAACCUUCCUUUUUCUUGUGCCUUAGUGCUGCACCUACGUGGGGUUGGCAUGGUUAGUAUUGGAUUUGAUGUGGUUAAUUUAAGAGGUAGCUGGAUGCCCUUUCAGUUGCCACCCCAUCUGCAUGUAGUGUUAUUUAUGUGAAAGAGUGUGAACAGGUUCUAAGUAAUUGUGAAUCAUGUAACUGAAGCUAGACUUGGGUACCAGCCUGUUAUUCACGUACUGGGAUAUGUGUAGUGCAUAUGGACAACUCACAGUUAACCAAGGAAAUCUUUGUAUCAUAAAUGGCACUUAAAAAACUAAAGUUUGAUGGUUAGCCAAUGCACAAAAGGAUCACACCAAAGUUGAUGUUCUCCCAUGGACUACAUACAGGCAGGAGACCAAUUCUCAUAAAUUCCAAGUCAAACUGCUGACCAAAAGGAGCCUGAAAUUCACAAACACUUGGAAAUUAGAAAGGUGAAUGACCGUAGUGAAAGGAGAUAGAAAGUUUGGGAAGUUCUGACUGACAUUGUAAGUGUGAUGCUGAAUGAAAGGUUUCUGCAAGAACUCUUCAAGCCACAGGAAAUUUAUAACAAACAAGCAUUAAAGAAACUAUUUGAAGACCUCGCUCAUGCUUCAAUAAUGCGUUUAAAUACAACGAGCAUGGAUAAAUUGUAUGAUUUAAUGACAAUGGUGUUCAAGUACCAAGUUUUUAUGGCAUCUCAUCCUCAUGACCUAAUUCUUAUCACACUUAAUCAUUUAGAUGCCAUAUGGAACUAUGUGAGCGUGCCGUCAGUGCAUAAGCAGAUUGUUAUUGUUCAUAAAAUGAUAAUGCAACUGUAUGGCCAAAUGUCUGUUGGUGAGCUGCUAGAUGUAAGGAAAAGCAUACUUAAUUUCUUUCAAGAUCUUAAAAUACGUGUUUCUGUGUUUAUGAGACAGAAACUACAAAACAGUGAUGGAAAAUUUGUAAUUGAUCCAUCAGGAUUAGUACCACCAGGGUGUGAUAUUCCUGGUGAGAUACGUUCAUAUGAUGAAACUGGUGAAAUAAAGGAUGUAACAAAAUUUGAUGGUUGUGGAGAUUACCAAGGCACCAGGCAAUUGGGAUCAUUUGAUAUUCAUGGCAAUAGGAAUACAGAUUUGGGCUGUAAUAUAUAUGCAUCUGCACCAGGACACAGUGACACUUGUUCGGUUUCUACUUGCCACACUGGAGAAGUGCCCUUGAAGCCAGCAUCAGGCGGCUGUUCCAAAGGAGCAGCUAGUGUGAAAGCAGCACAAGGAGAGCUUAAUCUAUUAAUGACACAAUUAUUAGGAAACAGAACAGCUUUUGACUGGAACUCAACAAAAGACCUAAUACACAUAACUUUAUUUGGUACAGAGGUGAACGAAAGAGAGGAAGACGUUCAGUUGAGCAUAAAAAAAGAAAUAAAGAUAGAUGCACGGAGACAGUCCAACUUUGCUGCAUUGGAUGCUGUUUCCAGAGAAAUGACAGUUGAUGAUAACUGUGAAGAAACUCCUGGGGAUUUACUUGAACUUCUUGACAGUCUGAACUGAAAGCUGUUUAUUUGUAUUGAUAGCAUCCCGCAACAAAUAUAUGUCCAGAGUAUUAAGAAAGAAGAAUAGAAAAUGUUAAUGAAAAACCAGUGAAAUAUAUUUUUACCUUGUGCCUCAGAAGGAAAAAGGCGCAAAAAGAAGUCCAAACAGAAACAGGCAUUUGUUUGUUUCCAAUCUUCUUUAGUGUAAUCUUUCAUAAAUAUAAGUCAUAAUAUAGUUAACACUCCUAAAUUUCUUUGAAUACCUCUCAGGACAGAAACUUUGAUAUAAGGCUUCUGUUAAGGGGUAGCACACUGGUUUACUAUUGCUUGAACAUUCAUUUGUUGUCCAGGCACAAAAUAAAAAUUAAUUUAAGCACUAAAUGUGAGUUUAUAUGCACCAUACUUUAGGGUGAUGUGUGUUUAUGAUAGUAUUACUGCAAUAUAUGACAAUAUUAUGGUAUGUGCUCACAGUAUUGCUAAUGGAGUGGGCUAUUGCUGAGGUAUUGCCCACAAGGUGUGGAGAACAUUUUUGUAGGGCCAUACCUGCCAUUGCCCUUCUCUAAAAAUGCUUCCCUCUUGUUAUCAGGCUUCUUUCCUCUUUCUCAUGUUGAAGUGCUGAAGUGUAUACUAAUGUAAUCUUAACUAUGAAACAAUAUUUCACUGCAGUUCAAAAGUUGGUGAACAUAAACAGAGGCACUUGAUUGGUUUGUUGUCUGCAGAAAACUGGAAGUGGACACAUGAGACAACCAUCAAUCUCAUAAAUGUGAUACUUCGAUCAUCAGAACUAUGGAUCAUAGAAAAUAAUAUACAUACAGGAUAUUCUCACUGCUGCUGUUAUAUCAGAAUAUCUGCAGCAGUGAGCCGUUUGUUUGAAUAGGUUCUGAAGACUUCAAAACUACGUGUUAGUUUCCCCAUUCAUGUGCAGCAACUUGCCAACUUUUUCCUAUUUAUAUUUUUUAUUGUCUCUUACCACAAUCAAUUACUUGAUUGUAAAUUACUGCAUUUAUGAAAUUCAUAGUUCUCUCACUUGAUCUGGUAAGCCACAAUAAAAUUGUAAUGUUGAUUAUUAUUUAAAACUUAUCUCAAUGAAGUAUGGUAUGUAGAGGGCACUUGACAGCAAGGUCAUCAUUGUGAAUUCCUUGAGCCCUUCUACCAAAGCAUUACAAACUUCUGGGAACUGGAGGGACAUUGGCGAGAAAAGCAAAGGCCUGUAUGAAUCACCAGUAGCCAAAAACUGAAACAUGAUUAUCAGUCUGGUUGCAGCUGAUAUACAGUCUCUCUCACAUUGGUAUUGGGCUUAUCAAUUCUCAGAUGAACUGCAUUUAUGAUCUAUCCUAAAGAGCAUUUCUAUAUUCCAGUGAAAUUGUGGAAAAGGUAUAUAUCUAACCUCAGUUUAAAGUGUCAGGAGCAGUUCACUCACUAGAGAGAGAGAGAGAGAGAGAGAGAGAGAGAGAGAGAGAGAGAGAGAGAGGGGGGGGGGGGGGGGGGGAAUUGCAGCUACAAAACCUAUUUUUAUUUUUCUUGCUAACAGAUUUCCUUUGUGGAAUGCAAAAGCAGGGGAGCCACAGUCACUUCCAAUAGUGGGUUGGGGUUUCUCUGCCUGGGGACUGGGUGGGUGUUUGUGUUGCCCUCUUUAUUUCAUCAUCAUCACUCAUGACAGUGGCUAGAUUGGACUGUGUAAAAAUUGGGACUUUGUAUGGGCGCCGGUGACUGCAUGGUUGUGCACCUCACGAACCGAACAUCACCACCACCACCACCACUUCCACUUCCACUUCCAAUUGUUCAGUUUCAUUCACCUUGUGGCAAUACUGUGACGUGUGUAAAACAUUUCUGGCCCAGAAAUUGCUGGCGUGUUGCUGCAGUAUUGUGAGCUGUUAAAAAUUUCAAUGGCCUAUGCAAACAUUCAAGCAUAUUAAUAGAAAUAAUAUCAAACAUUAAUUAACUUGGAUAACUGUGAAUCUUUGCUAUAACAAUGUUUAUAAAGAGCAAGGCUAAAUUAAUACAAUAUUUUGAACAUAUUUCUGCCCAACAUGCUUGAUGCAUUAAACUAAUGUGGAAAAUGCCAAUUUGUAAAACAGUAUAUAAUUUUUAUUGUCAUUAUUGUUAACAAUGGGAAAUCUUUAUUGUACAAAUGUAACUUCUUGCCUCUACUUUCUCAUAAAAUGGUUCCCAAAGAGAGUUUUGAAAAGUAUGUUAUUUGGACUGUAAUACAUAAGAAGGUUUUUAAAAAAUAAUCGAAUCAUUUUCUACAAAAAGUUACAAAUGAGCAAAAGUUAUAAAAAGAAUCAAUUUUCUAAAGUUUGUUGUCAUCAAACAAGCAUUUAGAUAGUUGAAUAAUACACAGAGGGAAUAUAACUGAUACUUCGAUUGCUAUAAUUCACAAAUGUAGAGAAAUAAAUUUAGGUUUUAUUUGUGAAAGAAAUAGUGUUAAUAAAGGUUUUAUAAAAACUGCUUGGAAAGUUUCGGCAGAAUGUAAUUUAGGACUAAAGGUAGCCUGUAAACAACUCAGUGCCUCUCCUUUGUGGUGAGUUGUUACCUAAAUUAUAUAACUGAGGUUUUGUAAUUUCUCAGGUUUUCCCUGUAUUGUACUUGGCUGAUGAUCCAUAUGGGUAGCCUGGUGACUAGCGUAUUUUUUCACAAUAUUUCAUUGUCAUGUAGCACCUGAUGGUGGUGGUGAAGUACUCUGCUAGAAAUAUUUUACCAUCAAGACGCUAAUUCCUGGCUACACACUUGAGAAAUACAUAAACUUAAGUUACACAUUUUUAAAAAUGCAGAGCCUGUCUAAUUGCACACAUUAUCAGUAAUUUUUCACUUGCUUUUUUUAGCUUUACCAUUAGGUGACAAAGAAUAUUUUGGAAACAAAAUCUACAGUUUGUGCUUAUUCAGAAAUUAAUGGUAGAAAACUACCAGAGCGUAACAGAACUGCACAAACAGUUUAUCACAAUUCAUUAUACAUUAUGAACAGAAGUAAUUACUUUUAACUUUGGAGUUUAUCCAAGUAAUAAAAGUAAUCUGGAUAUCCUUGUUCCAUAUUUGUGCAAUAGCUUGGUGUAUACCUAGGGCAAUGAUAAAGCUGAAGUCACAUACAGUAAACAGGGCAAGCUGAAAAUAUCUGAAGAACACUGUAUCUUUUGCAUUAGCACCAGUUUACAGAAGAUAAAUGUGUUAAUAUGAGGCAAAAAUCUU